AUGGGAACAGCUGAGUUUCUUUUGAAGUUUGAUUCAGUGUUUGAUUGUGUAAACUGCUCUACAUUACAUUCAACAAAAAAGCUCAAGUGCCCACUUGAUGAUAAAAGCCCAAACAAAGAGUUCAUGAAAGAAGCAAUCAAUUUUAUGAAGGGGUUAAAGGUUUUCGAUGGAAAUGAGGUAACAGGUCGAAUUAAGUGCCUUAAAGGGUGGGCAGUUACACUCAGUGCUAUUCUAGCCAUUUGGGAUCACCUAAAAAUAAACCAUGAUUUUAAGUAUAUUCUUACACGAAGGCUUAACGCUGACCCAUUAGAAAAUUUCUUUGGCACUAUAAGGCAACAGGGGGACAAUGAUAGCCCAACACCAGUACAAUUUGUAAGUGCAUUUAGGAAACUAUUUUUUAGUUCAUUCCUCACAUCCUCAGCUGGAAAUUGUGCUGCAGAUUUUGAUGACCUCAUCGCUCAGUGUACAGAAACCACCAAGAAGUCAAAAUCAGUGCUGGCUACAACACCUCAACCUCAAACCUUGGCGAUUGGACCCACUGACUACAAAGAUCCAAGUGUUGUUUCCAACAUGGUCAAGGAGAAUACUAUCACAUAUGUUGCUGGCUAUCUGCUCCACAAGUGUUCACAAAAACACAGCUGCUCAACCUGCAAAGAAGCACAAGAGUCAAAUGAUCUGGAUGACAAUAAGACAUUUCUUUGUUAUUUCUAGGCAUAUGACCAAGACAAAUCACAAUUUGGAGGUCUGCAUGUGCCUUCAGCUAGUUUCCUGGAGUACAUCAUUCAACUUGAAGCAAUCUUUUUCAAAAACUUCUCCAUUUAUACAAAGAGUUCUUCUGUUGGAGGUGAUAUCCUCAAGUUACUCAAGAGAGAACCUGUGCCAUUCCAGUACU